AUGCAAGAACAAAGCUUGUCUAGAAACACUGCCUACAAUGAAGAAGAAGAAGAAGAAAGGGAGAGAAGAGAGAUGCAAGUCCAACCUGGCCAGGCCCAGCCCAACCCAAGGAAGUGUUCUUCGGCUUCACCUACUCAGACAUCUUCGUCCCUUGCAUCUACAGUUAAUAUUUCCUCUUCUUCUCUGACCAUGUCAGAGAAUUUCCAAAAUCCACCUUUACUCGGAACUUCAAAGUCUCUGCAGCUCUCUCUUCCUGUGGGGAGCACUGCAGCCUCCCUCACAGGACGAGUCUGCAGUCUCCCCAGAGUCUCUGCUCCAGCCGUCACUUCAGCAUGGCUCCUACCAUCAGUCUCUGGCACCCCUUUCCAACCACUCAUGGGUAGUGCCUACCUUUACCAACAUUCUAGCACAACUAUGUUGUCUGGAGUUACUGGCCAGAACCAGAUCUCCACUCCAGCUGCUUCCAAUCCUGGUAUUUUUGAGUGGGCUCUCACAGCGGGCCCUGAAAAGAAGUCAUCAUCCCUCGGGGACUUCACUGUGACUGUCAUUGACCAGGACACAGCUGUUUCUUCCAUGUCUAUGGCAUCCCAGUACAAUAAAACCUCAGAGGCCAAUAACAUGGUCCCUCUGUAUCCAUCACUUUCCGCCAGCCUUGUUCAUGGGGCACCAUCUCAGAUUCCAAAUCAGGGACAGAGCCUGUCACUUCCUUACCAGGAAGGAAGUCAGCUCUAUUACUACAAUCAAGGCACGCUGGGGCCUCUGCUCUCGGCAGAACGCGGCCCCUACCUGCAAUCCUAUGGCUCUGUGUCUUACACAGACAGCAGGGCCUCUGCCCCUCAACCUGAAAUGGUCAUGGUACUAAAGGAGGUCCAGCCCACAAAUGUGAUACCUCCAGCCUCCACCUCUGCAAUCUACUACUCUGUGCCUGCUCAACCCAUCACAGAGACAAGUUUUCAAGUGAUGGAGACUUCCCUGGGGAUGAAUACUUCCCUUGGAUUGCAACCUCUAAGCCAAACAUUUUGUCUCCCACAAACUCCAGAAUUCCCCAAGUCUUGUAGUGGCAGCAAUAUCCAGAUGCUUGACAGUAACCCACCAUCUGAGCUUGGGGACAUGUCAAUGGCAGCUCCAGUCCAGAGUCCUAGUAUUUACCUGGCACUGCCUCCAGCUCCAAGCCAGGAACAGAAAGAGAAUAGGAAUCUGGAUGCUUACCAGAUCCCCACAGAAAACCAAGAUCCUCCACUGCUCCCUUUAGAAAUCCAAGACAUUCCCCAGCUCCUGGCGUGCAUUGAUCCCCUUGGCCAGGAGCAGCAGCCUGGUUGUGAAAACGCUGGUCUGGGAAAGAACAGCCUGAGUCUGAAGGACCAGGGGACACUUGAAAAUGGGACUGAAUCCAAUGAUGGCUUUGCAGACAUCGCUACACUGGUGGAGGAUAUACACCUUCCACUGAUCUUAAAUUCCUUGGAUGAACUUGAUCAAGCCAAAGGUCCCAAGGUGAUCAAAACCAAAGAUGCCAGAGCCAUCAAUUUGAAUGAGGUGCAGAAACAGUCAAGUGUCAUCAAUGCUCCCUCUGAUCAAGCCAGGAAGAACAAACAUAAAGCCUCUGAGCUGAUCAGUGGUGAGCCCAUGGUCAAAAUCCAGCGUGAGAGCCCAGAUUGCGUGUUCCUGGGAGAAGUGGCUGUUUCCAAAACUGCAGCCAGUGACAGGGCUCCUGAAAACAGGGCCAAGAAUUCUAACAAACCUCAGAAAGCUGCCCCCAGCAGGACCAGCAAAACAAAGAACCAUGGGCAAGAAAAGACCAAAAGAACAAAAGAAAACCACUCCAGGAAAACUGAAGAGAGUAAGCAGUCAGGGAACAACAUCAAGGCAGAGGAGAAGCCAAAUAUUCCAAAGAUGAAGAGGAAGAAAAACCAACCUGAGCUGACCCAAGAGACCUUCAAAAAGCCCCGAAGCUCCCUAGGGAUGCAUAUGCUGGAGUCUGUGCAGGUUUUUCAUGCCCUGGGGAAGAAGAGUGAUAAGAAAACUGAACUCUCUUCCUCCCGGGCCCUGGGAAUCUCAAGCAACCCCAAAGGCCUCCAGCCAUCCCUAGCUAUCAAACAAUGGCUGGAUACCCCUUGUGAGGGCAAAGGUCCUGAGAAAACUCAAGUCAAACGCCAGAAACCAGAUGGCAGUGCUGAAAAAGAGUGUUCAUCUCCAUCUGAAUACGAGCUGCCACCACCUGGGAAGGUCAAGUUGGUACCUUUGAUUUUUCCAACUUUGGACAAGCCUCAAGCUCGACCUGUUCCUCGCAGGCCAUUGUCUCUGGUAUCACGUCGGCCUGCUGGGGCUAACCCAGCCCACCCUCCUGGUUCCAAUUCAGCUCAACUUACUGCAGUGAAUUCAUCCCAGCCAACUCCUGCAUCUUUGACAGGUCCUGCUAAACCACCUCAGCCUAUUUCAACCAAUUCAGUCCGACCAGGUUGGACCAACCCUACCCGGCCUAGUGGCCCUCAGUGUGAUGGUUCUAGACCUGUGCCCUACAAAACAUCAACUUGCACUUCUUUCCAGAGGGAGCCCAUUCGCACUGCAGUGAACAAACCCUGGAUCCCACCCAGACCUCAAAACCAGUAUCUUCUCCAGGAUUUUGCCUGUCAGCGAAUUCCAUGGAGGAAACCUGAUGUUCCUGGGCCAGUAAUGUCAACGCCCAUCACAAACGAGCAGAGGCCAGAGCGGGAGGCCAUGAAGAGGAAAGCUCAACUUGAGCGGGAGAAUGCUGCCAAAUUCACCUCGAUGGGGAAAAUGCAAUAUUUCAUUGAGAGAGAAAAAGAAAUGGAAAUUUCUCGAUGCUAUGGCUAUGCAAAAUAAGAGAUGUUAGGAGUGUUGGUGCCACUCUGGAUACCUACUGUUUUCCCAUAGAUAGAUAGAUAUAUAUAUAAAUUUCUCUAUUCUAUUUUAAAUCUUAAUAAAAUUGAAUAAAUAAAUGUAGUAGAAUUCAUAGAUGAGUA